CACGCGUCUUCAACUACCAACGUUGACUCCAACCCUCAGCCAGGUGGUCAAACGACUCUCUCACCGUUCUUCGGGGUUCCUGACCUAUCUAGCUUUUAUAACUGACACUGCGAACUGCGGUCUGGUGCCUUGCCCAACGCCUACACACUUGCCUUCGCUGCACCGAGAACUUCAGCUCGCGGCGACCUCAGCGUGCACUCCAGCAUGCACGAGACAGAAAGCGUUCGCGAGCCUUCGUCGGAAGCACAGCGCUUCCGCUUGCUCGACUUGCCGCCCGACGCUGUAGAGGUCAUCCUCAGCUGGUCACGUCCCUUCGAUGUGCUGGCGAUGCGGAAGACAUGCACUGCGCUACACGCCGCGUCGCGUAACCGCGGGGUUUGGCUCUCCAUUGCGCAGAGGACGGCCUUCGACCACGGAAUGCCUCUUACUCCAACUCAACGCGCGGCGAUGGGCCUCUCCGACUUGGCGCGCUUUGCUACAGCCCCGAGCCGCUCUUUUCGCGCUCUUGCAGCGGCGUCGGGCCCCUUCCAGGCUGGGCGAGACGCUCUACCACCUGGAUUGAACCCGCGGCACGAGACCGUUUAUCCUAAUCUUGCUACACAAUUCGGCAUUCACGAUCUGAUCUUCGUCUUUCCAGGCGGAGCGUACUUCAUGAUCACCAAUAAAAACGAGGACAUGACUUUGUAUCGCCUCCAAUCUCAUCCCAAUGGUCUCGAGAGAAUCGGCACGUUGCUUUACAGCGCUCGAGGGGAGUUUGGUAGUAGGGAUACCCAUCUUCGAGGCCGCAACCCCGUGGCUGCCCAUCAAUUCUUGCAGGACGGAACCGUCCUGCAGAUCGUCACAUGGGGAAAGACAUCGUGUGCUGCCGAACCUUGGAAGAUCUCGGUGUUCAACGUCGCACUAGAAGGCGCGAAGACGGGCUUCCGCCUCGUUGCUUCUACCUCUGUUUCCCUUCGCCUCGACCACGCGCGCAGUGACAUUUCGCUUUUCGGUAACCGCAUAGCUGUUGCUGACGACUGCGGCAUCGUUGUAUGGGACUUUGCACUCGAUCGACAUGUUUCGUGGACUCAUUCUUGGGAUACCAUGGCCGAUGUGCGCGUUCAAUUACACGAGAAUCGUGUGCUCCUAAUAGGACUUGUUGUGAAAGGAGCAGGGCAUCUGACGGAGUCUUUCGGCCUCUUUAGCGCGUCGCCAUCCGCGCAAGAGCCUGGUAUCCGCGCGAGGAUAUCUAUCUUCGACAUACCUGUCGAUGCAGUGGGACGCAUCGACCUGUGGCCAGGCAUGUCUAUGUGCCUUGGACAGAACCAGCUUGUGCAUUGCCCCCGCCGUGUGCUACCAGGCGCACUCUUGUCCUUCCAGGUGCACACGCUCCGGCCGGGCGAAGAAGGCCUUCUUCACACGUAUGUGCUCCGCCGCGACCUCGAGAGCACCCAACGAUCUCUCGCGCACCUCAACGUCCCACCUGCGCCCGAUGGGGACGAGCACUUCAUCGUAUUCAGCACCAUCAUGAUGACAGCGUGCGAUGUCGGCGAGGUUUAUUCAGAGGAACAAGGCAAUCUGGAUUAUAACCGGGACAUGAACGUCCACUUGGCGCGGCCGGGACCGGCGGAGGAGCAGGUGCUGUGCCGAACUUCUGUUAGGCUCGUUCAGAGCUUUCAGUUUGUGGCAUCGAGGGUGCGUCGUGAUUUCGAUGUCGCUUCGGGGAGGUACUAUGCGCUCUUGAGGGAAGGUGGGCUACUCGUGGCGGAUUAUAUCUAGCCUACCAUAUAUAUGUCGCCUUGUCUGUGAAGAUACUGAGCGACAUGUCAAGUUGGUUCAACUUGCCGCGCAUAGCUUUGUAGACUGCGUGCGCCACGUGCUGUAUCAUCGAGAGGACCACGGCUAGCGCCAGUUUGGCCAAAGUCAGUGACUCAUCAAGGCCC